AUGGGAAAUGGUAUGAACAAGGUUAUGCCGGGGUUGUACAUUGGAAACUAUCGGGACUCAAAGGACUACCAGCAGCUAGAUCGGCACGGCAUCACACAUAUCGUCUCUAUACACGACAGUCCACGACGAUUUCAUCCAGACAAACACUACCUGUGCGUGAUCGCAGCGGACAAACCGGACCAAAACCUGUCCCAGUACUUUUCGGUGUGUAACGAUUUUAUCCACUCAGCACGCCUGAAGGAGGGCAAUGUGCUGAUCCACUGUCUAGCAGGGAUGUCGCGGUCAGUGACGGUGGCCGUAGCCUACAUCAUGGCCGUGACGCCUUUGAGCUGGAAAGAAGCGUUAAAGGUGGUACGUGCCGGUCGCUCAAUAGCAAAUCCUAAUCUUGGGUUUCAGAACCAGCUCCAAGAUUUCGAGUCCAGCAAACUGCAAGAGGAAAGACGACGGCUGAAGGAGCGUUUUCCUAGCUUAGCCUUGGAGUCAACGGAUAAGGAGCAAUGCUUUAUAGCGCUAGACUACUACGAAGAGUUGCUCGAAAGCAAGGGAGUCUGCGAAGGACAUUGCAAAUUCGGUAAAGACUGUCCGACUGGAAUAUGCCGGACGGACUCGCGUGGCGGUAUUCGGCCCACGCGUAAAUCGAGUAUCUCGUCCAAGAAGCAGUACAACACCUCGCUUUCAACAUCUCCUUCCACCUCGUCCCAGCUGUCAGUGCGCAGCAUGAGUGGUCCAGGCGGUGCCCAGUCUUGUCCUACCUCGCCUCGAUGCUCGAAAGCGCUAGGACAACGUCAGGGAUCCAGUACAGCGACCCGUAGCCUGGAAAACCCCCGAGCAGCCGGCGAAUACGCAGCCGAAAUCGAUCUCGGCGAGAUUUCCGAGCUGCGUCGCAGCAGCAGCAUCGUUAGUACCUUUCGUCCUCGGAGCAGCCCGGCCGGGUUGUACUCUUACACCGGUUCUGCGCCACCGUCCAUUCAUGGGUCGCGGGUCGACCUGAGUAGUGGCAUGACUGGAGGUACCGGAUCUGCCAUUUACCUUGGCUCGUCUAGUGGAGGUUCCGGUGGCAGUGCGAGUUCUAGUGGAACAUCCGGUAGCUCUCCUGGGCUUAGCCGACGUUUAAGUAUGCGAUCGACACCAAAAUCAAGUCCCCGGUCGACCCCGGAAUCGUCUCCCAAAGCAUCUCCCAAGAGGAGUGUUCCAUCGAAAGCGGCCGCUACUACAGCUGCACCAGCAAGUACUAGCUCAUCGAAGAAAAGCACUCCCGGAAGUGGCCGCUCGACGACAUCGUCAUCAGCCAACUCCACCGCCAGCAUCAAUCCCUGUCCAAAGAAGGAGGAUAAAUCGAACAAAUUAGCCUCAAAAACCACCGUCCCGUGUAGCGUUAGUACUGACGCAAACACUAAUCCAUCAACUAGUUCUAUCACUGAAACUACUACUACUACUACUACUACUACUACUACUAAUAAAAUUGUUAGUGGAAGUACUUCACACAGAGUCGCAACCACACGUACUCCAUCGAUUGUGAUAGACACUACGACCGCCACGGUAAUAACGUCAAGUGGAGCUAAUAAGGAAGCGGCUUACGGACGCGCGAACGAGAAACAGGACGUUACGGUCAAAGGUACCCCCAACAAAGACAGUGGAGGUAUAGGGGGUCCGGGUGGAAUGCAAGGAGGUACCGUGAGCAAUAAUGCAUCCUCGAAACCAAUAGCGAUAGCGAGCAAUGGUGCCCCCAACAGAACUGUUAGGAAGGAAUAAUCCAUUGCCAUUUUCGUUUUGGUUAACGUCGAGCGUUUGUCAGGUUUUUUGACAAAGUUGGGUGGGAAGCUGAUAUUUAGACACGCUGUCAUAGAAGCGAUGGAGGAUUGAAACCUGCCAGUCGUAGUCGGUCCGUUCCAUUUGUCCGUUGGCCCUACCAUUCUGCAGGUAUUUUUUGAAUAAGAAUUCCACUAACCUGAACAUUCUGCAUCGUCCCGAGGAAGCGAGACGUGAAAGAAACGCGAAUAAAAACAGAUUAAAACUGGAUAAGCAAAUAUAUACAUCAGUAGAAUUAAUCAAAAAAAUCAAAUAUAAAGCAUGUAAGUUAGUAAACGGCUACCUAAAAGCCAUUUGAGGUAUCAUAGAAAUAGUAGAAACAUGGAUAUAAAACGUGUAUCGAAUAUCUCUUGAUAUGAUUUCGAUGUCGAUAUUUUUUAAAGUAUUUGCCAAUGAUUUCAGCAGUCGCUCUUAGCGCUGAUGUAUCUUACACCGUCAAAGGACUGCGCAAGGACGAUGUACGGGUGGGCCAAUUUUGUGUAUCACAAACGUAAGAGUAAGAAGAAACCUGUGCACCGCGAAAGUAAGCUAACGACGCUCAGGCAUGAUAGUUUUGGCUGAAUGCUUGAGCAAUUGUGUGAGCAGAUCUGUUUGCGUGAAUUUGUGCUACAGCUAGUGUACCAUUUAUCAAAAGAAGUGGAUAUAUAUCACGUCAAUGCACAGUCGAAACUACUAUUAUAAGGCUUUGUUUUCGUUAGCCAAUUGCGGUGUAUUUUUUAACAUAAGUUAGAGGUUAUGGUUAUAGUUAUGGUUCAACUAUUAUCGAGCGGGAACCAAAAUAAACCCAACACAUAAAAAAACGCACGUGUCUGCACGUGUAAUCCUUAUUUGCAUUCAAUUUUCAUUUUGAAGCGAUAUUAAAGCCGUCAAUCAGUUCCUUCUUAUUGAAACUUUUUUUAUAGAUUUUGUAUUUCACUCGUUGAUAGGUUAAACUGGCUGCAAAAACAAACAAAGCAGCAUUUGCUAGGCAAAAUGGAGGCAAAUCGUUCGAUUAAAGCAUAUGAUUGCUUGUAGUUUUUUUAAUGUCUAGCAAGCAUAACGUCUGCUUGGAAUGGAGCUUUAGCAUGUGCGAAUGUAAUUUAAAGUAGUGAAAAAAAUAUACAUUUAUUCGGUGGCUUGAUUUGCCCUUUGAAGCUCAAUCCGUUCCGCAGAACACGGAAAGUGAUUAUAAAUAAUACAAAAUCGAUGAUGCUGAUAAUGGAAAUGCAAUAAUAAAUGACGGGUUUACAGACAAGCUGAGCUAAUUGUUGGACAGCGUGUAGUACAAACGUGUGAGAAUGGAGUCAGAAAAACCAGGUAUUAGCGAAGAGUUGGGAUUGUAGUCAAAAAGUUUGUCAGCUGGGAAACAGAAUGCGUAACGUUCAUUAGAUUUUCCCAGCCCCAGAACAAUAUUCACAGGCACAAGUAUAGCAUGAAAUGAUAUAUUUAUAUUUAGCUAUUUUAUAAAUUUUAUUUUGAUAUGAAAACCCAAAGAUCAAAAAGUGAAGCCGGUUAAAAAUAAAGCUUAUAUUGGAG